GGCCUAAGAGGCACACAGUGGAUUGGGUUGUCGUCAGUUUUAUUCCGAACCUGCCGGAGAAAUGUAGAAAGGUGUAAACUCAGGUGAAAAAAAGGGGCUCCAACCAUCAAACAGGUGCCAAUGUGUAGAUUGGAGCGGAUUACUAACUAAGAUAUAAUGGAGUUGCUCCCAGUCUUCUUUUAUGGUGUUUUCUUGUAUUAAUUAUUUGAAAUACGUGUUGUUUUGGAGUUUCACUAGGAAGGACGAAUGCGUACGUUCAUUAUGAGCUUGGAGAAGCUAGUGAUCAAAACAGUUAGGCCUUCUAAGAGCUUCAAGCAAAACUAAUCUACCUAAUCGACAGCAAAGACGAGCAUCCGCUCAUCGAAACGGCGAGCAUCAGAUUGCCUGGAUUCUUAUCAGGAAAACGACAACAGCUAAAUAAGGAACUGGUCUUACAAAAAUAAAAGCAAGCGUUUUCUUUAAUGAGCGCUGGAACACUUUUAAGGCCACUUUGAUUAGACUAUAUGUUUAAAAAAGAAGCAGACUUUGUUAAAUAUAGGCCUAUAGGAUAUCACUCACGGCGCUAUGCCGCAGAUCACGAACAGAAAAUUGGUCCGAGACACAAACAACUGUCCAAUCGGAAAGGGAUCUGUAUUCAAUUCAGUUCUAGACAUCAGUUUCGCUGCUCGGAGACGCGCCGAAAAACUAAACGAAGGCGAGGCGGAAAAAUUCAAAAUGGUGAACAAAGUGAUGGAGAAAUAUCAACAUUCACAAGAAGUAAUAAACAACAGGGCUAUCGAAAGAAUUAAUAAGUCUUUAAGAGAAAUGGAGGCAUACAAGCGCGUUCUUCAGUCGGACUACAGAGCGAACCACUUUGAUACGCUGAAACUCGGAUAUAAGCCAGGACAAUCGAAGACUCCCGAAAACGCACGGAAAGUCAAAUACGAAACGCGGGUAUACAACUCGGGAUUUUCUCUGAGAAAUUUCAGGCCCGAGGUUGAGCGAAAGUUAAAAGAGAUGGACCCAGAAGAACAAGCGAGCAAAUUCAAGCAAAAACUUUUGGAAAAGUUUCGCAGACAAAGUGAGGUUUCUUGUGACAACUGCAGGCGGCUCUCUGUUGCAUCCGACGGAAAUUUCCGAAGUCGGCGCGUAAGCUCAUUGCCGUCAAUCUUCGGAGCUGAACGACAGCCGCCGAUAAGACCCGACUGCCUGGACGCCAUAGAAACUGUACAAAACCUUAACAACCCAGACAGGAAUCCACUAGUCACUCAGAUGAAACCUGACACGUGACAGGGUUAUAUGAACAUAUUUUUCAAAUUGGUUAACUUGUAAAUCAGGUGUCAAAAGUUUAGAUGUGGUUGCUCCGUUAUAUAACACAAGCACUGACAACGAAAAAAAAAAAGCUUUUUACUCGAUAAAAGACAACAAGCACAAAUAAUUAUUUUUAACCAAAAUUCCUUUAAGUGAAUUAUCUCCUGUCGCGUUAUUUACCGAGUCGCAAUCUUGGCUCUUGCUCCUAAGCCUCUAGCACUUGAGUUACCAGGGCAUUCACACGCUCUUAUGAAAUGAUGCGUAUCAGAAUGGGCCCUCUAUUGAACACGGGGCCAAUACAAUCAUUGGUGUUAAUUAAACGAUGUGUAUUCCGUUCAUUUCUUAUUUCCCUUCCUUUGUCUUCUCGUCUUUAAUGACGGGUUUGGAUCAUUUCGUGGUCGCAUUUUCGAAAGGUUGUAAGUUACAAAUUAUUGUAAAUUUUCACAUAAGUCCGAUUGUUAACAUAAGUUGGUGUUCUCGAAGGUAUGUAAGUAGCAAACUCUUGUAAAUAUGCAACUAAUUUACAACUGCUAGAUUUAUGUUGUCAUCUCCGAACGAUAUUGAAGGGCUUGUGCCCGAAUUUUGUACCGAUUUAAAUCGUGUUUCCGCUUAAAUUGGGUGACCCAAACUCGGCACAAAAUGUGUAGGCCCUAUAGUGUGUACGGCUCGGUGCGAUCCAACUAGAAAACCAACAUCGUUUACUGCUAAAAUGGGUGGUGCAGAGCUGGGUAGGCUGGACUUUAUUGAACGCACGAGUUUUAAGUUAAAAUUAGCACUGCGUGUCAGGACAUUUCUAUUCCUAUUACAAUCGAUGUUUUCAAAUUAAAUAUUAAAAAGUCACAUAUCUUGGUUACCUUUGUUUAUUCGUUUCAAAAUGAACAUUUUCAAAAAGUUUUUAACAAAAAUAUCGAGAAUUAAGAAUAUUUUUUCCCUUUUCAUACAAAGAUUGAGACACAUACCACAAUAAUCAGAACGUUUUUUUAUGAUCCAAUUUAACACUCUUACAGGCAAAAAUGUAAUGUCCGCAACGGAUGAUUUUUUCUCCGCCGACCUGUGUUACAAUUUCAGUCUAGAUCGUCCCUCGAAAUGUGGGUCAGUUAGAACAACCCUUUUUUGCUUAAAAAAAUUUUUUUCUCAUCAUUAAAAAAAAAAAA